AUGAUGACAGAAAUCACAUCGUCAAAGAUAAGAGAGAUCUGGAAAGAGGAGAAAGAGCCGAGCUACUUGAAGGAGUUUGGAGGCCAUCUAUGGUGGGUUUGUGCUCCGACGCGGCAGAGCGAUUCCCGGUGGCGGCGCUACGUUGAAUUUGCAGAUGGGGGAAAGCUUUGGAGAAGAGGAAAGGUGCUGGCUUUACAUAGUCCGUACAGUGCAAAAACGGCGUGUUUCAGUGUAAACAAAGAGAGAUCAGCAAUUUCAGGUGCUAGCAUUAAUUUGAUGUCUUUGUCUGUUUACAGGAAACUUGGAUCGGAAGGACUCAAACCUACAACAGUUUCCCUACAAUUAGCGGAUCGUUCAGUAAGAUAUCCUAUAGGUGUUGUAGAGGAUUUGUUGGUCAAGGUGAGUAAGUUGAUAUUUUCUGUUGAUAUUUUGGUUAUGGAAAUGGAAUAUGAUGUGGAUGUGUCUGUGAUUUUGCAUAGGCCAUUUAUGGCUACUGCCUAUGCUUUGAUUGAUAUUGCAUCUGGUAAGCUCACUUUGAGAGUAUUGGAUGAGAAGAUUGUACGAGUUUUGAGAGAGCGCAAGAUGGAUAUUGCUUCGACUAUUGCUGACAUUAAAGUGCGGGUUGUGCACUUGGGAUUGUGUGAGUGUGGGGUUGCACUCGGUGUUGAAGUUUCGGGUUCGAAACUUUGUGGUUGUAAGAAGUUAAGUAAACACUCUGGUGACUUCACACCUCCUGUUUAUUUAUCCAGGUCUAAUUAUCCAUCUCAAGGCGACGAACAAAGAAGAAGCUUGGUUAGUUUUAUCGAUCUACAUACAAUUCUAGGAGUUGAAGUUGUCAUGUUGAUCAUUGGAGGAUUUUCAAAGGUGGAUUUCAAUCUAUCACAACUAGAUUCGUAUCAAUUGGUAUUCAGAGCAAGGUUUUUCAUCUUCAAUCGCUCCGAUUGUUUUGAAAUUUCAGAUUUGGAGGACCUCAUACAUCAAGGUUCAAUGGAAGAUAAACAAGAAGAGCAAAAUCAAGCCGACGACUUGGCUACCAUGAUGCAAAAUCUCAUGCAAAGAUUGGAUACCAUGUCCACUCAAUUUGAUCAAAGGUUGAACACCUUAGAAGCCCAAAAUCAACCAAGGGCUAAUGUUGCACAAAUUAAUGGACAAAGAGAACAACAACAAGCUCAAAGGCAAGUUGUUAGAAGGGAUCCAAUGGAGAGAUUGAGGGAGCAAGAAGCUGGAGGUCAAGCUUACAAUGAGAACUUGCAGCCUAAAGAGGUGGUGAUAGAGAUGAGCCUAAGGACAACAUUAAGUACAAGAUUCCUAAGUUUAAUGGGAGAGGAACUACAACAGAUUAUUUGGAGUGGGAAUCAAAAUUUGAUAUGUACUUUGAUUAUCAUCCUUUUGCCGAAACUAAGAAGUUUUUUCUCUAGUUUUAGGCUAAGUGUGUCGACACCCUCUCUUUGCGUAGGGAGGUGCGGCAUCCCUAGGGUUUCAAGAAGGAGAUUCCACCCCCUUCUAGUCUUUGUUGAUGAGUACUAUUCGGAGAUGAUGUUGUUGAUGUCUAAACCUUCUUACAAGAGAUAUGAGAAAACUCCAAGCAAAGAGAAGGAGGUGACGCAAAAAGGGUUUGUAAGUCCCAAAUCCGAUUCAAAAUCUUCAUCUAGUUCUUCUUCUAAAUCUCACAUUAAGUGUUUUAAGUGUCAAGGAUUUGGUCAUUAUGCUAAGGAUUGUGUCAACAAGAAAGUGUUGUAUUUUAAUGAGCAAGGUGAUCUUUUGAGUGAAGAUGAGGAAUUUAAUUUAGAUGAUGAAAGAGAUGAAAAAGGGGUCGCGAUUGAUGAGGAUGAUUAUGAUGAUGAGAUACCACCAGUUAAGAGUUUGGUUGCUAGGAGAACUUUGAGUGCUUAUGUAAAAGGUGAUGUGCAAAACCAAAGGGAGAAUUUGUUCCAUACUAGGUGUUAUGUGAAUGGGAAGCCUAGUAGUGUGAUCACUGAUGGUGGGAGUUGUACAAACAUAGCUAGUGUUUAUUUGGUGAGAGAGUUAAAAUUACCCACAUCAAAACACCCUAAACCUUAUAGUUUAGGAUGGUUCAAUGAUAGAGAAGAAAUUAAUUUUAACAAGCAAGUUUUAGUUUCUCUUUCUUUGGGCAGGUACAAGGAGGACAUUUUGUGUGAUGUUUUGCCAAUGCAAGCAUGUCAUGUACUACUUGGUCGACAUUGGCAAUAUGACAACAAAGUUCAACAUGAUGGUGAGACAAACAAGUACUCCUUUAUGUGUGGUAAGAUUCUUGUUUCUUUAGUUCCUUUAUCACCUCAAGAAGCUUUGAAAGAUCAAUUGAAAUUGAGGGAUGGAUUUGCUAAAAUGGAAGCUAAAUAUAGGGCUAAAGAAAAAGAGAAACAUGAAACUAAUUUUAGUUCUAGAUGCGUUGAAAACAAUGCUGUUUUGGUUGAUAAGAAAGCUAGUUCUAAGAAAGUUGUUAAGGAGUGUAUGUUAGCUACUAAAAGUGUGAUUAAGAGUGCUUUGCAUGAUAAUUCUGUUUUGAUCUUGCUUUUGCUUAAAAGUACAGUUAUGAGCACUAACAACUUGGCUGGAGAACUUCCAAGCAAUAUUGUUUCUCUUUUGAGUGAUUAUGCAGAUGUGCCAGCCUAUAGGACUAAUCCUGAUGAGACAAAGGAGUUGGAGAAACAAGUUGGUGAGUUGCUUGAAAAAGGAGCAAUAAACAACAUAACAUUUAAGUAUCGUCACCUUAUUCCUAGAUUAGAUGAUAUGCUUGAUGAAUUGCAUGGUGCUUGUCUAUUUUCCAAAAUUGAUCUUAAGAGUGGGUAUCAUCAAAUUCGCAUGAAAGGGGGUGAUGAAUGGAAAACAGCCUUUGAAACUAAGUUAGGAUUGUAUCAAUGGUUAGUUAUGCCUUUUGGAUUGACUAAUGCACCUAGUACUUUUAUGAGGCUAAUGAACCAUGUUUUAAGAGCUUUUAUUGGAAAGUUUGUUGUUGGUUAUUUUGAUGAUAUUCUUGUGUAUAGCCGCACCUUGGAAGAACAUGUUGAGCAUUUAAGAUGUGUGUUAGAUGUGCUUAGGGUUGAGAAGUUGUAUGCUGACCUUAAGAAGUGCACCUUUUGCACAAACAAGCUUGUUUUUCUUGGUUUUGUGAUUUCUGCGCAAGGUAUAGAAGUUGAUGAGGAGAAGAUCAAAGCAAUUGAAGAUUGGCCAACACCAACCAACGUUGGUCAAGUGAGGUCAUUCCAUGGCUUGGUUGGAUUUUAUAGGAGGUUUGUUAAGGACUUUAGCACCUUGGCAGCACCUAUAACAAGUGUGUUGAAAAAGAAUGCACCAUUCAAAUGGGGUCAAGAGCAACAAGAAGCAUUUGAGACUUUGAAGAAUAAACUCACUAAUGCUCCUUUGCUUGUUUUGCCUAACUUUAACAAUACUUUUGAAAUUGAAUGUGAUGCAUCAAGUGAGUUGUAUGCUCUUGUAAGAGCAUUGCAAACAUGGCAACACUAUUUGUGGCCUAAGGAGUUCGUGAUUCGCAGCGAUCAUGAAAGCUUGAAGUGUUUGAGAGGCCAACAAAAGUUGAAUAAGAGGCAUGCUAAGUGGAUGGAGUUCAUUGAGAGCUUUCCAUAUGUGGUGCGAUAUAAGCAAGAUUUGAGGACAAAUCCUUUUCAACGGGGAGGGGAUGAUGCGCCAAGGGCUUAUCAUGGACUUGAAGAUGACAUUGGACAUCAUGGAAAGAAUGAACAUGGGCUUCAAGGAAGCAUGGACAAGCAUGAAGAUGAUGGUGAUAUCGCAAAUCAUGUUUCUAGCACCAAGAAGAUGCCAUUUGAUCAAUUGAAGAUGUCUAAUGGUCCGAUGACAAGAGCAAGAGCUAAGAGAUUCAAAUAUGCACUCAUGAGCCUUGUUCGAACUCAUCUAGAUGAUUUGAAGACCAUUGAAGUUCAAUUGAAGAGAUUUGAUGAUGAUUUGGGCAAGAAUAUUCCCAUCGAUUCCAAGCUCAUUACUUUGCUUGCAAUCGAUGUGUGA